AUGCCUCGAGAGGACUUACGACACCUGGUGAAGCAGGAAAGGAACCUGAGAAGUUUAAUGGACAACAUCCAGGAUUUUGCGAACGGUUACCAAGCAGAGCGAGAUUUCAUAUCCUUAAAAUUCCGCAUGCAGAAAUUGGACGAACUGUACGAUAAAUUUUUUCGUGUGCGGGAGAACAUUGAGGUGAUAACUGACGAUGCGGAAAUGGACGUUUGCAUUCAAGGCGACGAGGAACAGGCGGCCCUUGAACGUGCGAUGAGAAUCAGCGAACGUGAAGAAGUCAAUAUGCGCAUCAUCAAGAACUUCGAGAAUCGUUUCUUCGACAUUAAACACUGUUUGGGUGUGCUGGAAGCAGCCGAAAGUGGUUCCGGUGCCAGCACUCAAAGGUCAAUUCAAGCAUCCGUUUCACAACCCAGAAUCAAACUCCCUGAAUUGAAGUUGCCAACAUUUAGCGGAAGGCUUCAGGAUUGGAUCACCUUCCGGGAUACAUUCUCCAGCACGAUCCACAACAACCAUCAUCUUUCCGACAUCGACAAGUUUACCUAUCUCCGAACGUCGUUGACAGGUGACGCAUUGGUAGAAAUAAGUUCAAUUGAGUUGACAUCGGCUAACUACAGCAUUGCAUGGCAAGCUCUCCACAAUUCCUUUGAGAACAAAAAGCUUUUAGUGAAAUCCUACCUCGACGUUUUGUUCUUUGUCUACCCCAUGGAAGAGGAAUCCUAUGAACAGCUCCACCGAGUGGUGAAGGAUUUUGAGACAACGCUGAUGAUGCUCCACAAGGUCGGUGUGGAAACUGAUGGGAUGACCACCAUUCUUCAGCAUAUGUUGUGCCAGCGUUUGAAUUCUGCUACUUUACAUCACUGGGAAUGCCACUACAACUCGAAGGAGGUUCCAACAUAUCCGCAGUUGAUUGAAUUCCUGAAGUCAAGGUGUAUGGUGCUCCGUAAUCUUUCAUUAACUAAUUCAAGUCAAGGGGAACUGAAAAAGCAAUUUAGUUUUCCGGCACUCAGUCAUACCAGUCUCGAGUAUAAGUUUGCCUGUCCUUUCUGUGCUGAGUCUAUACACUCAGUGUUUAAGUGUCAAAAGUUUACACAAAUGAAGGUGUCCGAUCGUGUUGAUUUGGUUAAGAAGAAAUCAUUGUGCCUCAAUUGUCUCUCGCCAGGUCACAUCGCGAGAUUUUGUGUUAAGGGAUCCUGUCAGAUCUGCGGAAGAGGCCAUCACACCCUCCUGCAUGCUGGUCCUGUUGUAUCACAGUCCAAUUUAGAGCAGUUACGAGUUCAACAGCAAGUCAAUCAGGACGCGAAUCAACAGCCACCACAGAACCAAACAGAGAUACCCUUUGAAGAAAUCCUUCCUAAUUCCACUCUCCAGAACCAGACACAUCUAUCGCACAAUCCGAACAUGAUUAACCACCCAUCCUCAAGUACCACAGACAAUCCUUCAACUAGCCACAGUUCUUUCAUAUCCGUAAAUCCUAGUAACUUUUCAAGCACUGUUUUGCUGUCCACAGCAGUUGUUAUGAUUGAGGAUGGAUAUGGAAAUUCCAUUCCAGCACGAGCUUUGUUGGAUUCAGGAUCACAGCUAUGCUUCAUGACUGAAAGAAUUUCUCAGUCUUUGAAACUUCAACGCUAUCGAAAUCAUCUUCCAGUCAACGGUAUUGGACAAUCAACUACCUGUUCCACACAGUCUGUAAUCGCUUCCAUUGGAUCGCGGUAUACCAACUACCGGUCUACUUUGAAAUUUCACGUCCUCCCGAAAGUAACCUCUGGUCUCCCCGGGAAAAAGUUAAACAUCACUUGUUGGAAGAUACCUCCAGGACUAAACAUUGCAGAUCACGAUUUUCAAAAUCCCGGCAAUAUUGAUCUAAUUCUCGGGGCUGAGAUAUUCUACGAUCUCUUGUUGGAAGGACAACACAAGUUAAACGACGUUGGGCCAGUACUACAGAAUACACGGCUGGGAUGGAACGUUUCUGGCAAGGUUUUCAAUGAGAACCAAGUUCAAACCCCUGCAAUUCAGCAUGAUGUCAUGCUCACAAAUAAUCGCAUGCUACUUAUCUGGAGCAACAAUCCUGAACCACCAGAAAGGGCAGAUUAG